AAGAUCGCAGUUAGCCAGACAAGUCAAACUGCAGAUGAAAAACAAGAAAAAAUCAUUGAAACACGUCAAAACGUCAAAACUGAAACCGGAAAUGUGUGACGAAACUAAAAAUUCAUUAAAAAUUCCAAAUUUCAGUAACUUUCGCAAGUCUUUCCUCUACACACCAUGUAACUGCCCAUUGGUCAAUUGCGAUUUUUCUGGCCAAAAGAAGCCAAGCACUGUCCGCAAAUACCGAACCUCCCGGCGCAUUGGCAAGCUGGCUAAGCCGAAAUGUCGUGGCGCCAAGUUCCACCAUCGGCCGGUAUCACAGUACGGUAGGACAAUCCAGCUGCUCCGUGCCUAUCAGGAACCGUACGCAUCGACAAGGAUCCAGCAAUUAGCCCUUCCGAAGGUACGGAAACUGAUUGCUGCUCGAGACGCGUACCGCCGAUUCAUCAAUCGGUGCUGGUACGACAGGUUUGGCAAACGCAUCAAACGGAGCAUGUUUACGGUGUACAGUCGAUUGGCGAACGUUCAAUUACCAUCAGAUUAUAAAAUGGUAAAAAUGACCCCGGAACAAUGGAAGCAGCACCAGCAAUGGCUGUCCAAGAACGCGCAGCCGAAGGCAGUACAUAAGCCUAAAUUUAAAGCACACAAAAAGAUGCCCAUAAUUGAAUUGCUGGACCGGAUUCUGAGUCUAUCCACCCCCCGAUGGGAAAAUAAAAAGUACACAGGACCUGAAAAACUCGUAGCGGUAAAACCGGGUGCAUUGAAAGCGACGGCCAGCAAUCGUUUGAGAGAACUUUGUGUGCCGAAGGAGAGACACAGACGAACCAAAGGCCCUAUCAAGGAAGACCUGGCGAUCCCAGAAAAUGUCCUAAAAGCUGUCGCUUCACAGCGAGUUCUUGAUCUUGCUAAACCUAAAAUUUAUCGAAACGUGAAAAACGAAUACCGAGAGAACCCUUUCACGGUGGACCCUCGUGCGCUAAAGGCCAAAGCAAGCGAUCGCGUUUUGGAACUAGCUAAACCGAAGAAGGUGAAAAAAUAGACCGCAUUUGCUUCGAAACUUUAGUUUUAUUUUCUAUUACGAAUACGAAUCCAACGGCAACAUCCUUGCUAGAUGGGAACAUGGAAUAAAAAAAACUGUUUUUGAUAAUUUCGAUUGGUUAUUCGAUUGUUGACUUUAGCAGAGAAAUAUUGAAAUAAAUAUGUUUUUAUUUUAUUUGAAGAAAAAAAA